AUGCAGGCAUCUAAACUACAAAGUCCAAAAUCAAAUUUUGUUGCUAAUUCAACAGGAGAUUUAGCAGGGAAUAUAGCAGGAGAAACAGUAGGAGAUAUGGUAAAAGAGGAAGUAGGAAAUGUGAUUGCAGAACAAGUGGCGGGAAAAGUGGCAGAAGAAGUGUUAGUAGAGGGACUUAAAGAAAAACGAGAAUCCUCUCCUGUGUCCGUUGAAGUCAUAACCGCCACCAAAUUUGAAAAAUUUCGUAAAAGUACUAGAAAGCAAUAUUAA